AUGGAGGGGAAACCUGGCCUGCACGGCCACCGACGAAUCACCGGGCACCUCACCUUUCCGCUGCUCGCCGCCACCCUGCUGGCGUCCUUCGGCUCCUCCCUGCUUUACGGCUACAACCUGGCAGUGGUGAACUCGCCGGCCGUGCACAUCAAGGCCUUCUACAACGUCACCUGGUCCCAGCGCUACGGGCAGAGCCCGAGCCAGGACCUGCUCACCGUCAUGUACUCGCUGACCGUCUCGGUCUUUGCCCUGGGGGGGCUGGUGGGCUCGUUUCCGGUGGGGAUGCUCGUGACUCGAUAUGGGAGGAACGGCACCCUUGUGCGGAGCACGCUGCUCGUCUUCCUGGCCGGCGCCCUGAUGGGCUUCAGCCGCUACCUGGCGUCGCCCGAGAUGGUCAUCGUCGGCCGCUUCGUCACGGGGCUGCAUUCAGGCAUCUGUCUCAGCGUGGUGCCCAUGUACCUGGGAGAAAUCGCCCCCAAGAACCUGCGCGGGUUCCUGGGCUUGGUGCCCAGCAUCUUCAUCUGCCUGGGGGUCUUCUCCGCUCAAGUCCUGGGCCUGCCGGAGCUGCUGGGGGAGGAUGGAUACUGGCCUCUCUUCCUGUCCCUGGUGGUCAUUCCAGCCUCCCUGCAGCUCCUGCUGCUGCCCUGGUUCCCCGAGAGCCCCCGCUACCUGCUGAUUGAGAAGAACAACGUCCGGGGGGCCACGGAUGCGCUGCGCUGGUUCCUGGGGAAGGACGACGUGCGGGACGUGCUGGAGGAGAUGCGGGAGGAGCAGCGCUCGCUUUCCUCCCUGGAGACCAUCUCCGUCUGGCAGCUCCUGCGGGACGGCUCCGUGCGCUGGCAGACGCUCUCCGUGGUGGUGAUCAACAUGGGCAUGCAGCUCUCUGGGAUCGAUGCGAUCUGGUUCUACACCAACACCAUUUUCCAGCACGCCGGCAUCCCGGGACCCGAGAUCCCCUACACCACCGUGGGCACGGGAGCCAUCGAGGUGCUGGCCGGCCUGCUCGGCUGCUUCACCAUCGAGAAGCUGGGCCGGCGGCCGCUCAUCAUCAUCGGCUUCUCCUUCAUGGGCUUCUGCUGCGCUGGCAUCACCUUGACCCUGGUGCUGCAGGCUACGGUGCCCUGGAUGCGCUACCUCAGCGUAGCCUGCGUCAUCGGGAUCAUCGCUGGCUUCUGUAUGGGACCAGCUGGUGUGCCCUUCCUGAUGACUGCGGAGCUCUUCAAGCAGUCACACCGCCCCGCUGCCUACAUCGUGGGGGGGUCCCUGAACUGGCUCUCCAAUUUCACCGUGGGCUUCGUCUUCCCCUUCCUACAGAUGUCAGCCGGUGCCUUCUGCUACCUGGUGUUCUGCGGGGUCUGCGUGCUGGUGGCGCUCUACGUCUACCUCGUCAUCCCCGAGACCAAGAACAAAACGUUCGUGGAGAUCAGCCAGAUCUUCGCCACCCGCCGCCCCUUCCUCGCUGCCCCGGCCGGCGCCGUGAAGAUGGUCCCGCUCGGCGGUUACGGGGCCUUGGAGAACAGCUCCCUGGAGCUCUCGGGGUCCAGCCAGGCGUGA